ACGGAAGGGAGAUGCGCCAGAAAUCACAGGGGAGACGUUCCACGAGUUAGUAUACAAACCUAACUCGCCGGAUCGGGUUUUGAAGCCUCCGAUUCAUCGUGCAGCUUUGUCGUCCUCGACCCUCGUCUUCCUUUCAAAACCCUAACCAAAAAACUCCCGCUAUCCUCCUCAGCUCUGGGAUGGCGGUGACGCCGGCGACAGGGGCGGCGGAGAUCUCGCCGGACCUGUACCCGAGCGAGGAGGAUUUACCCUACGAGGAGGAGAUCCUCCGCAACCCCUUCAGCCUGAAGCUUUGGUGGCGCUACCUUAUCGCCCGAUCCUCCGCACCAUUCCGGCGACGCGCCGUGAUCUAUGAGCGCGCCCUCAAGGCCCUGCCGGGCAGCUACAAGCUGUGGCACGCCUACCUCCGCGAGCGCAUCGACGCCGUCCGUGGCCGUCCCGUCUCCGACCCGGCCUUCGACUCCCUCAACAACACCUUCGAGCGCGCCCUUGUCACCAUGCACAAGAUGCCCCGCAUCUGGCUCAUGUACCUCGCUUCCCUUUCCGAACAGCGUCUCCUAACCCGCGGCCGCCGCACAUUCGAUCGCACCCUACGCGCUCUUCCUGUCACCCAGCACGACCGCAUCUGGGAGCCCUACCUCGCCCUCGUCUCUCUCCCCGGCGUCCCCGUCGAGACCUCUCUCCGCGUCUUCCGCCGCUACCUCCUUUUCGACCCGUCCCACAUCGAGGACUUCAUCAACUUCCUCAUUGCCUCCCGGCGCUGGCAGGAGGCCGCCGAGCGGCUUGCAGGUGUGCUCAACGAUGACAGCUUCCACUCCAUCAAGGGCAAGACCCGACAUCAGCUGUGGCUCGAGCUCUGCGACAUUCUCACCCGCCACGCCACUGAGGUAUCGGGCCUCAAGGUCGACGCCAUCAUACGUGGUGGCAUCCGGCGGUACACCGAUGAGGUCGGGCGCCUGUGGACGUCCCUUGCGGAUUACUAUGUCCGCAGGGGUUUGUACGAGAAGGCGAGGGACAUCUUUGAGGAGGGCAUUCAGACUGUGACUACGGUUAGGGACUUCAGUGUCAUCUUUGAGAGUUAUGCGCAGUUUGAGCAGAGCGCCCUUGCUGCAAAGAUCGAGACAGCCGAGGAGGAACAGGAGGAGGAUGGGGAAGGAGAGGAGGAUGGCAGGAGAGAUGGUUUGUCAAAGCUUACUAAGAAAUUCCUAGAUGGCUUCUGGUUGAAUGAUGACGACGACACCGAUCUCAGGAUGGCAAGGUUUGAGAACCUUCUCUCCCGAAGGCCAGAGCUCCUUAACAGUGUGCUCCUACGGCAGAAUCCUCACAAUGUGGAGCAGUGGCACAGGCGAGUGAAAAUUUUUGAGAAUGACCCCGCAAAGCAGGUUUUCACCUAUAUAGAGGCAGUGAGAACAGUCGAUCCCAUGAAAGCAGUGGGUAAGCCCCACACACUUUGGAUUGCCUUUGCACGGCUGUAUGAGAGCCACAAUGAUCUUCAGAAUUCCAGAGAUAUUUUUGAGAAGGCUGUGAAUGUGAACUACAAGACUGUUGACCAUCUAGCAACUGUUUGGUGUGAAUAUGCUGAAAUGGAGUUGAGGCACAAGAACUUUGGAAGGGCACUUGAGCUGAUGAGAAAGGCCACUGCAGAACCCUCAGUUGAAGUCAAGCGUAGAGUUGCUGCUGAUGGUAACGAGCCUGUACAAAUGAGGCUGCACAAAUCUUUGAGGCUUUGGAGCUUUUAUGUUGAUCUUGAGGAGAGCCUGGGGUCACUGGAAUCAACUCGAGCUGUUUAUGAGAGAAUUCUUGAUUUGAGAAUAGCAACCCCCCAAAUUAUUCUAAAUUAUGCUUUCCUUCUCGAGGAGAACAAAUACUUUGAAGACGCAUUUAAGGUUUAUGAGAGAGGUGUGAAAAUAUUUAAGUAUCCUCAUGUUAAAGAUAUAUGGGUUACUUACCUAUCCAAGUUUGUCAAAAGAUAUGGAAAGACCAAGUUGGAACGUGCAAGAGAGCUUUUUGAGCAUGCAGUUGAGCAGGCACCUGCAAAUGAGGUGAAGCCAAUAUAUCUGCAGUAUGCUAAACUGGAGGAAGAAUAUGGUCUUGCGAAGCGUGCAAUGAAGGUCUAUGAUCAAGCAGUGAAGGCUGUCCCUGACAAUGAAAAAUUGAGCAUGUAUGAGAUUUACAUAGCUCGAGCAGCUGCAAUUUUUGGUGUUCCCAAAACUAGAGAGAUAUACGAGCAAGCAAUUGAAUCAGGUCUGCCUGAUAAUGAUGCAAAGAAAAUGUGCUUGAAAUAUGCCGAACUUGAAAGAAAUCUAGGAGAAAUAGAUCGUGCUCGUGCGAUCUAUGUAUUUGCAUCACAAUUUGCAGAUCCACGGUCUGAUCCUGAUUUCUGGAAAGUAUGGAAAGAUUUUGAGAUUCAACAUGGUAAUGAAGAUACCUUCAGGGAAAUGCUUCGCAUCGGCCGCAGUGUUUCUGCCAGUUAUAGUCAGACACAUUUCAUUCUUCCUGAAUACUUAAUGCAAAAGGAUCAGAAGCUAAAUUUGGAAGAAGCAGUGGAUACUCUAAAGCGUGCAGGCGUCCCUGAAGAUGAAAUGGCCACUCUAGAAAGGCAAUUGGCUCCUGCAGCUGCCAAUUCUCCUGUUAAGAAUGGUGGCAGAAUGGUAAACUUUGUCAGUGCUGGAUCUGAGUCACAAUCUGAUGGUGGUAUACGACUGACUGCAAACAAUGAGGAUAUCGAGUUGCCAGAAGAGAGUGAUUCGGAGGAUGAUAAAAUUGAAAUUGCCCAAAAGAAUGUCCCUGCUUCUGUAUUUGGGGACCUCGCAGAAAAAGUUGCCAAGGAUGAGGACAAGGGAGCUGAUGCUGCAGAUAAUGGUGGCAGUAGUCUUCUAGGAGCACUUGAGAGAAUAAAGAGGCAAAGGCGGCAAUGAUGUUACAUCAGUAGGAUUUUGCGAAUCAUGGAAUUGAACUCCUGGAAUGCUUGACACGUGCUCUAAUGUAGUGUCGGGAGGCUUACAUGCAAUCGGCUAUAUCUGCGACCAUUUCUUCAUAGGAGGCCUCGUUGGGAACAUCCAUCCCCAAAGAUCAUAUCGGAACAUAUUUACUACUACAUUGAAGGGCACAUGCUGAUAAUGUAAUCAGCAAGAUAGCGAUGUACUCUUGAGUGUUCUGUUGUAGAUUGUAUCAUUGGUGUUUUAUCUCAUCUUCCUGUUCCCGUGAGUCUCUUCAAAUAAGACCCUGGAAAAGUGCUAUUAGAUUCUCGAAAACAACCCCGGCUUGUGUUGCUUCUGUUGACGAUUGAUGUUUCUGCUGGUUGUAGUCCAACGUUAGUGUUACAUAUGUUUCUGCUGGCUUAUCAGU